CACCACCACUCGUUGCAUGCUGCAACACCAGCAGCGAUGAGGAUACACGAGCUACUCGAGGCCUGCCUCGAGUACGUCGCGUACGACGGCGUCCUAGGCGCCGACCCCGCGACGCUGCGCUCGCACCUCCAUUCCCUCGACACCAACGUCGAUGUCGACUACUUUGCCUACGUGUGGACGCUGCUCGCGCGCCACCCCAACCUCCAGGUCGUGAUUGCGGCGGAUGCGUUGCCCGUCGGCGAUGUGGGCGCGCCGACCGAGGAGCGUCCGCCUUCCCCACCCCCAGAUCCCGCCGACGACGGGCGCGAGCUCUUCAAAGUUCUCGGAGAGGACGACGGCGGAGAUCCGCCAGUCGCCAGGACCGACCUCAUCGGCCUCCAGCUUCGAUACCCCCAGCGCGUGCGCAUUCGCUGCACCGAGGACGAAAUUUACUACCGCCUGACUGGGUCGCGCAGCAAGAUCCCCAAGAUUAGCCCAAUGAUCUUCCUCUUCCUUCAACUUGCUACCCGUUCUCGCGAGCAUGGUGUCACAGCCUUGGAGCUUGGCCCGAUGACUGGCAGUUCGCAGAACAGUGUCUACCACUAUCUCAAGGUUCUUGUCCAACUCGGCCUUUGUGCAAAGAUCCCCGCCACUGUCCACGGCUCGUCUACCAGUGUUCUCGUUUAUCGCCGUUUCGUCGAACAGAACGUUCACUACCUCGCCAACAUUGCCCGUGACACCAACACGGCUCCUCCAGUCCCCGAGACGCCUGCUGGGGACGAAGAGGACGACGAAGUACUCGAGACGGCAGAGGGCAGCGAGGCUCGAACCCUCUUCCAGCCAAAGGACCUCGGCUUCGGAUUCCAGCCGUUCUCCGAGCUUGAACUCAAUGCCGGCCACAUCCCCAAGGAGCGACUCAUUCGUGUGCUUGACCACCCUUCUCUCAAAAACCACCUCUUGGGUAACCACCAUCUUCUUGGACUCAUCGGCUGGCUUCCCAACACUUGGGAGGUGCGCCAUCGACGGACGAUCCAGCGCCAUCUUCAUGCCCUGGUCAACGCCGGCAUCAUCGAGUUCGUCGACACUGGUGCCAACCCACGGGGCUGUCUUCGACUCACAAAGUACAACCCCAACAUUCGGGCCAAGGUCAAACUCGAGCCAACCCAGUCGAGCCCCGAAGUCGUCCCCGCAGAAGUCCCAUUCUCAGUCGACGACUUCAACGGAACUGUGCAGUCCAACAGCAAUGCGCUCUUGACACAGAGCACCGAGUCUCAAGUGCUCGCCUGCGUGUACGAAUCUGGCAAUUCAGGGUGCAUCUACUCUGAGAUCACUCGUCGCCUCAACCACUUGUUCAAGCGGACAGUCGAACACGUCCUCAAUCGCCAUGACCUUGCCUACCUUCCGCCACACCUUCGCCACAAGAGUAUUAGGUGUGCCAUGGAAAACUUCCACAGGCAGCGUCGUCUCAGAGUGUUCACCACCGACGCCUACCAGAGGUACAUGGAGGUGAACGGAGCUCCCCUCGAGCCUCACCUGCAGACCGAAGCAGGUGGUCAUUGGGCCCACAUCUUCCGUCCCGUCGCCGAGUCAAUUGAAGAGCACUUCAACAUGAUGAUCCAGCUGUCUGCGAUAACUGCUCCGGUCGGCAACCCUGCGGGAACCAAGCAGGGCAAGUCCAAGGCUGAUGUCCACAAGCGAGCCGUCGUGCGCAAGAGGCGACAGGGGAUACCCGCCGAAGAGCAGGAGAUCAAGCCAAACAAGUAUAGUAACGAUGCCCAGGAGCGCGGCCGUCCAAGGAAGUACACCUAUGUCGUCAACCCCGAUGGCGCGAGGAACCGACAAGUCAUUGGCCAGCUCUUUGCGACAAAGGAAAUUCCGGAGGUGCUCAUCUACUACAAGCAUCUUGGAAAGCUCAUCGCCGCUCCUGCCGGCUACUCUGGUGUUGGCAUUCCCCCGCCCAUCACCGACGAGGAGAUUUUGGCGAUAGGCUGGGACCCAUCUUAUUUCGACCCCUUCCCAGGCAAGGACAAGCCUAUGCCAAAAGGCGCCGUCAAGGCUCCCGUCAAGGCCCCGGUCAAGGGCAAGCGCAAGAAGAGGGAGGAGGUGCCACAGACGGACGACGACAUCAACUCGCCUCAGAAACGGCCAAAGACCACUGAAGAGGAAGCGGCAGAGCGAUUGGAGCAGCAAAAGCUUGAGAAGACGCGCCAACUAGAAGCCGAGUUGGCCGCAUUAACGGGGAAACGAGUCGCUAUCGCUCCGCGCCGCAAAUUCCCACCCGUCGCGGCUUCACCAGCGCCUGUGACCCCACGUGGGCCACCACCAGGAGUGUCAUCUCGUCCGGUUGCACUUGGCGAAGGCAGCUUGUCAGCCUACCUCGCGUCGCCUGGGCCUAUUCUCCCUGGGACCAAUUCACCAGCCCCCACACCAUCUCGUGUUCCUAUCGCACGAGCUCCGCCAGCGCGACGCGGUGUCGCCCCUGCAGUUGGCUCGCCCUUGGCUUCAGCCCCGGCUACCCCGCAGAUGGGGCCGCCGGUUAUGCCAGCCCCGUCCAUUCCUCAAGUACUUCAGACAGCAUCUGGCACCGCUCCGCCAGCCCCUAGUGCUCCAGGUGUCGGACCUUCAGAAAUGGCCGAAACGGCUGCUGGUCCAUCUACGCCUUCGUUGGUGCCUCAGCCCCCAGUGGCAACCCCGACUCCGGCGACAAAAAAGCGUGGAAGGACGGCCCGUUACUCUCUACUCCCUGAGGAGGUGGCCCAAGUGCCGGGCACCGGUAUCCCAACAGAUUCGGCCACACCACCUGCGAAGCGGCAGCGACGAGGAGCUGCAGAGGCGCCCAUCACCACCGCGCCCCCUGUCCCAUCCCAGCCUCAGGUGGCGCAAUCGCCCUCGGCACCCGCGACAGGCAGUGCCGUUACGCAACUAACAGAGCCACCGCCUCCUAUUGCUACUCCUCCUGCCGCCCACCCGCCACUUAACGGACCGACAGUUGCUGAAUCCCCGCACGCUGAAACAUCAGUGGCAGCUGUCCAGGCCCCUGCACCCCAGCCUGCCACACCUGUCACCACGACCAGCUCCUCCGUGCCGAUGGAUGUCGACCCUCAGCCGACAUCUGUCCAGCCACCGGCGCAAGGUUCCGGUCCUACCAAUUCUUUGGGAUUGCACACAUCCCCUACCACGCCAUCCCAGACUGCUGUUGGCCGCGGAGGUGUCCGCCGAGCCACCCGGACCAGCGCCCGAACAAAGGUCAAGCAGCUCGCCAACGAAGACGAGCCGUUGAAGUCCGUCGAUGAGGUGGACCUCCCCAAGCCAGUGGUGGUGAAGCCAAAGCCCCAUGCCGGUCGCGUGAACAUUGCCGAGUUGAAGAAACGCAACGAGGUGUACCAAUGCCUGGUUGACGGAGGUGGCGUCGCAUCCGACGCCAAGCUCUUCUUGGACCACAGGAAAUGGACCGAGAAAUGGGUUGGCACAGACCAUCCCAACGCGCCUCUUGUGGUUGCGGGAAUGGAUCGCAAGGUGCACCGACGUGUUCUGGAUCAACUCAUCGCGGAAGACCGAAUCGGUCAGACAGACGCCACUACGCCUACGACAACUGGGCGAUGGGUGCGGACAGCCAUCGUGUUUGUCAAGGGCAAAACCAAGGCCGAGAUCGAUACGUACGUUCGAGCCUUGGCCAACCAAGCUACUGCUGGCUUGAUCAAGCCGUCCGCUGUGUCCGUCCCCAAUGCUCAGUUCUCGUCCGUCAAGCGGACCACCUCCCGCAACCCAGUCAACCCAACGAGUUACCGCAGCAGACAGCCUUCGGCACCACCACAAAUCAGUGAGGGCCUUACCAACCGCGAAAUCUUCCUGCACGAACCGCCGAUGGCAGCGUGCAUGUACGGCUACAAGCUUGGUCGCUGCUUGCGUGCCGAGUACUUCCACGGUGCUAUUAUGGACGCCAUUGUCAAUCAACCUGGCUCUCCACACCUUAUUUCCGGCUCUCCUCGUGUCUUUGCCCUCCCGUUCAUCUACGACGAGCUACGCAUCCGCGACUUCUUUGCCUGCGUGCCCCUUCACAAGUGGGAUGAAGACCUGUACAACUGGCUGCAGGUUCCAGGAAAUGGCGACCUUCGAUUCCACGACAUCCCUCGCCAUAUGAGGACCAGGAACUCGCUCAUUCACCGAGUCAACCAAGGUGGAAAGAACAUGAUUCGAACUCUCCUCUCGCUGCUCUGCUACUUGCAGCUCUUGCUGCCCAUGGUGGCCAUCGAAGACGAAGCGACGGCAACGGUUCGUUGCCCAGACGCCCCUCUUGGCCAAGCAUCUGCUUUCGUUCAGGCAACCGACUUCUCGACUGCCACGUACUUCCUCGUUCACGACGUCGUGCCAAUCUACAGUGUCUCGGAGAUGCCGGUGACUCUGUUCGGCGUCAUGGAUGCUCGGACACCAGCCCAUGUCCCGGAGCUCUGGCGCGUUCUCAAGAACUGCUCGUUGGGUGGAGGCGUCUUACCUCACCUCCCGCGCUUAGAUAUGCCUCCCUUCCCCUUGGCACCAACCAUUACUGCAGUUUUAGAGACGAGUGGGGCCGACUACCUCAGGACGCUUCGCGCUCGCAGCAAGUGGCGCCACGAAAUCCGAAUUGUCCCUCAGCAAAAGGAGGCCCUCAAUGCGGCGGUCAACGCCGAGACUGGCGAGCGUCUUAUCACUCCAGAGCAACUCAAGCAACUUGCCUGGGAGAACGCCCUCCUCCCCCAGUAUGUCGACGAUUAUCUCGAUCGCCGGACCAAGUCGAUCCUCGGUGAGGGACCCUCGCUGGUGUUCAAGAGAUCGCCCAACGAGUUACACAGGCAGCGUGCCGCAGAGAGGAAGGAGAAGGCCAAUAAGGAGCGGGAGGCAGAGAUCAAGAAAGCCUUAGCCAUUCGCGACCAGGUUGCUCUUCGCAUUGCCGCCGCCCGUGUGGCCUACGACGAGCGUGUCAAGGCUGCGGCCGAAAGGGCGGGACUGGAGGUCACGCAGGAUCUCAAGGACUACAUGAUCCACAACCGACCCAUGACGAGGAUCGGGGAGCUACCCACUGUCGCCGAGCUGGACGCCAUUGUCCAGUCAUUCGAGCGCUUCAAGAACGGAGUCGCACCGCCGCGUCGCAUCAACGUGUCUGGCCGCCCCGCCCCUACCAUUCGUCAUGUCAAGAGAACCGCAAGAGUUCAGCCAAAGCAUCCCGAUGCCAAGCUUCGUCGUUACCGCCACAACUGGACGAGAGAAGAGGAGGAGCUCAUCAUCGAUGCUGAGGCCGUCAUCCGUGCUCGCUGCCGCGGUACGACAAACCGUGGCCGUCCUGCAAUGAGCCAAAUCUUCCCUCAGCUCCAGCACCAGGUUGUGCGCACCAAGAUCAAGAAGCUGCUCGAGAUGCCCGGCAAGGAGGCGUACUUCAUGCGCCUAGAGGAAUCGUUCUACUCGCUCCUGAUCGAGCACCGUGGCUCGGCCGAGCUGCCCGACCACAACCCCGCCAGCCAUGUCGACUUUGACCUCAUGGCCCACGUCAACUUCCUCCGUCAAAAGAUCAACAAGAACCACCUCAAGUUGCCGAUUGCUAUCACCCCGAUCAACGACCCAGUUCAUCGUGCCCCCGAGCUGGCCGCCAGCCCUGCCGAGAUGAUCUCCAAGUACACUUGGGAUUUCCUCAAGUCCGUUCAGACGGGCUACGAGCAAAUCAUCGACAACCCCCUGCUCGCCGAGGACACCAAGCUGCACAACAUCUCGCUGGGUUCGGUUACGGAAGAGGACCCAGUCGGCCAGGAGGUUGUCAUGAUGAGCAUGUCUCGUCGUCCUGGUUUGAUUCGCGCGCUUUUGAAGAUGAUCGUUGCCACUCCCAACGAGCAGUACAGCGUGAAUGCCGCGGCCCAGCUCCUAAACGUCAUCCCAAAGAAGGAAUACGAACCUCAGAUCGCGGCUCUGGUCAACGAGGGCAUCUUGCUCAAGCACCCCCAUCUGAAGCACACGGGUCGCAUGUACGCGUUCAAUAAUGCGUGGCUCUUCACUUGUGAAGGCAGCCUGCCUCCUACGAUGGACCAGCAGGUGGCCAAGGCCGACGAUAUUGUGCACGGACCUGACGGCGACGACGUGGUGUGGCCUAUUGUCGGUGAGGGAGGCGAGAUCGCCGUCCUCAUGAGCAUGGCCUCGCAGUUCGAAGCCGAGUUCGAGUUCAACGGUGCCAACUUCCCCUUACUCCGCCAGGGGCGCAUGACCUACAACACCCGAGCCUUAAACGACGACUCGUUUGAAGUCAGCCUCAAGGUCAAGCGCACCGUUGCUCCGCCGAAGCCUACAAUUGGUGCUCCAUCGCCAUUCAAAAUCCCACCACUUGUCCUCUGGGGAGCCGAUGCCCACGCCUUCCCCACCGAUAAGCAAAUCAAGCUUGUUUACGACAAGAUCUUCCAAGCCGGCCCCAAUGGUCUCGACCGCGUCAUGCUGCAGGUGCGCACUAGCUUGACUUACGACAUCAUCGAUUCGGUGCUGUCUGCCCUCGCGCUCGAGUCUGAGCAGCGAGUCUUUUGGGCCGGCUACGACAACGCCCGUGUCGUCUCGUCCAAGUUCUGGGGCGACUGGACUGUGGACGUCACGCCCCAGGCCGACGGUAACGCCAAAGCAGACAAGGUCCAGUGCGCACCGCGUCGCUGGGUCACCAUUUGGGGCGGCAUCAUCGAGUCCGAGUGGCACCGCGCGAUCAAGGCGGCCACUGGCCAGCUCGUCCUCCGCCCCGGUGUGACGGAGCGCCAGCUGCGUGACCGCCUCGCCCCGGUCAUCGACCGCCAGGAGACGACCGACGUCCUGCAGUACUUGAUCGAGGUCGGUAUGGCCACCAGGAAGUGGGCCAUCCCAUCGGCCCGCGAUGUUCCUCCUAUCCAGGCCACCGACAAUGACGACGCACGCGGCAUCGUUUGGCACACCACCUCUCUCCUCUUCGCAUAG